AUGCACAGCAAUUCCAUCACGAUCAAAAACACGGGGGAAAACGAGAGAGCGAGCGCGGCAGCGCGCGCGGCAGCGCUGCCGGCAGGCACGUGCCUAGGAGUUACGGCGAGCGCGGCAGCGCGCGCGGCAGCGCUGCCGGCAGGCACGUGCCUAGGAGUUACGGCGAGCGCGGCAGCGCGCGCGGCAGCGCUGCCGGCAGGCACGUGCCUAGGAGUUACGGCGAGCGCGGCAGCGCGCGCGGCAGCGCUGCCGGCAGGCACGUGCCUAGGAGUUACGGCGAGCGCGGCAGCGCGCGCGGCAGCGCUGCCGGCAGGCACGUGCCUAGGAGUUACGGCGAGCGCGGCAGCGCGCGCGGCAGCGCUGCCGGCAGGCACGUGCCUAGGAGUUACGGCGAGCGCGGCAGCGCGCGCGGCAGCGCUGCCGGCAGGCACGUGCCUAGGAGUUACGGCGAGCGCGGCAGCGCGCGCGGCAGCGCUGCCGGCAGGCACGUGCCUAGGAGUUACGGCGAGCGCGGCAGCGCGCGCGGCAGCGGUGCCGGCAGGCAUGUGCCUAGGAGUUACGGCACGUGCCUAG